AACCCAGCCAAACAAUGGUGUGCAGGUUAUCUGAUAAAACUCUCACAUGCAGCGCACACACACCUUAAAGGCAAACACAGGUCAGCACUUGCGUUGUCUGUUGUAUUUCUAUUAUAUCGCAGCGUCACUGCAAACAUACAUGACAUCUAACUCCAGUCCAAGCCAAACGAGGAGGCACAUUGGGGUCCAUUGAUUCGGCUGGUACCCGCCUACAGGCAGGUUUGGACCAAUCCUCUACAGUUACUCUGAGACGAUGGUUUGGGCUUUUAUUUUGGCUCAAGUCUGUUAAAUUUUAACAUUUUCUGGAUUAUACCUUGUUUUUAAACCUGUUGCUAUGGAGCGACACAGCCUGAGGAGAUUAUUCUCUGCUUGCGAUGUGAACAAGUCCGGUAAGAUCGAGUACGAGGACUUUACUGUAGUGUGCCGGGAACUCAGCGUCCCUGAAACCGAGAUCGGGACUUUGUUUGACAAGUUUGACCCGAACGAAGACGGAUACAUCGACUACAACAGGUUUUCCUCCAGGUUUCAGGAGGUUUCGGAGACUCUGGAUCUGGCGUCUUUCGUCGCAGGGGCAUCCCAAGCACAAGACUCCCCCUGGGAAGAGUUUGAAGACAGGGCAGAUGCGAAAUCUAUCCUUACCGAAAGUUUCAGGGAGCAGCUGGCCGAUCUUUACAAGGCCAUUCACUCCUCUGCAAACAUGACUCUCCUGCAGCAGUAUGAGGAACUCAUCCACUCCCUGAUCAGCCAAAGCCUGGACAGCAGACUUCAGUGUGAACAGCUUGAGACCAGUUUGAAGCGAGCCGAGGGCUUAAAUCACAGUCAGCUGGCAGAGCUGGAGGACGAUAUACAACAACAUCUCACUAGGACGGAGGAGAGGGUGAGAGACGAGGAGAGAAAGAAAAUGGAAGAAAUUAUGGCCGGCUUGCAGAGGAGGCAUGAGAAUGAAGUUGCAGACCUGCAUGCCACUGUGGAAAGACUGUUAAAGAGUAAAGAAGACUCUGAACUGAACCAUUCAAAGGAAGAGAUGCUCAGACUGAGCGGACAAAUCAGCGAUCUCUCACAGGAGAACGAGCAGCUACGUGGCUCUCUUCUGCAAGCCCAGACAAACAUCGCCAUCCUGCACUCAGAGCUGGACAAGCUGAAGAACAUGUAUGCGGCUCAGAAAGCUCAACAUGAACGAGAAACAGAAUAUUUGAAGAGGAUGGCUAUGGAAUACCAGUCGUACUCCAGUCAGAUUCAGAUUCUCCAGGAAAUGAAUAAAAAGCUGUAUGACAGUAAUGACGACCUGCGCUCAGCAUUGGCAAGUGAAGCAGUUGCAGCUAAAAGAAGGCUGUCUCCCCAAAAUGAAAUCCCAGCCAGGAGAAUGAAACCCCUCCGACAGAGCACGCUCAACCAUAGCGGCUUGGAGGUCCCGAGCAAACUGACCUACUCUCAUGUGGCCACCUGGGCCGAUAAAUACCUGGACAGUGGGGUCUCCCUGCCGAUGGACACAGCUGAGAGCUCGGGCAGUGACUACGACAGCGACGAAAGCAGAAGCUCGGUGGAAACUGUGCACUUCAGCUACUCGUGUGUCCCAUCUGACGUGGAGAUAUCAGAAGUGAAAUCUGAAGCUGUCGUGUCAAUGGCUCCGAGUAUGGCCACCUCCAUCGCUUCUUCCCUACGAAGACGUUUAUCUGCCUUUUCUCCAAAGCAGCCGUUGGAAACAGACAUGGAAGAAUGUGAGGAGCCCACCCCGAUGUACCGCCUGGUUUUAGCUGGAGAUGCAGGAGCGGGGAAGUCCAGCUUCCUGCUGAGAUUGACCCUUAAUGAGUUCAGAGAUGAUAUUCAGACAACACUGGGGGUUGAUUUCCAAAUGAAGAGGAUGUUGGUGGAUGGCGAGAAGACAAAUCUGCAGAUCUGGGACACGGCUGGGCAGGAGAGAUUUCGUAGUAUUGCCAGGUCUUACUUCCGUAAAGCUCACGGAGUCCUGCUGCUCUAUGACGUUACUUCAGAAAGCAGCUUCCUUAAUGUCAGAGCAUGGGUGGAUCAGAUUCAGUCAGCGGAGGAGAAGAUACCCAUGUGUGUUAUUGGAAACAAGGUGGACCUCCGAGGGGAGCUUCCUGAGGGAAGCUGUGUGAGCAGUUUGCACGGUGAAAAGUUGGCCAAGACGUACGGCGCCUUGUUCUGCGAAACGAGUGCCAAAGAGGGUACAAACAUCACAGAGGCUGUGCUUCAUCUGGCAAGAGAAGUGAAGAAAAAUGUCAAACUGAGGCCGCAGUCAGACUCUCAGGUCAGACUGAAUCAAAUCAGCCCAAAGAAAACUCUUAACAACUGCUGUGGACUGUAGACGACUAAUGUCUGUACAGAGCAACGAAGGACAAUAUGCUACUUUUAUUUAAUAAAUGUCAAAUUUUAAAAACUGUUAAAUGUAUUACUAUAAAAAUCCUAAAUGUACUUUUAUUUUUUGAUCAAAAUGAAGGUUUCUAUUGUGGGAAUAUUGCACAUAUGCAAAUAUAAAUGUACAAUCUUAUAUUUCUUUUAAAAAGUUUUAUUUAUUUGGUAGGUUAUUUUAUAAAAUAAGCAAUAGUGUUUACAUUUUGAUUUAAUGUAAGUAUUUUAACUGUAACUGCCAGGUACACAAACACAUUUUUUUUUUUUUUUUUUUUUUUUUUUU